AUGAAGUCCGCCUUCGCCCUGUCCGCCCUCGUCUCAGGUGUGCUUGCCGCCGCCGCUCCAUUCCAGCUGGUUAUCAGCGGCUCCCAAGCCCGCACCAACGAGCUCAAGGACCGCGCCCUCAUCAGCCAAGGGGACGCCUUCAUCGUGGCUCCCAAAGGCGAACAUGGAAUUAACUUCACCGGUGGUGACGGAACUCUAGGCAUCCAGAACGGUGACGUUGUCUACGUUGGUACCGACGGCCAUGUCGACCUCAAAAGCACCGACGGUGUCGCUGCUGGUGGUCUGACCCAGGGUUUCACUACGGGCAGCAACAAUGCCCUUGAGUGGGCCCAAGGCCAGCUCUUCGCCUGUCCCCACGUAUCCCUGUUCGCCGCGGGUCCCCCUACCUACAUGCUUUAUGCCAGCCGCUCCGGUGCCACUCUUCCCACCGGCUGCAUUCAGAUCAAUCUCACCAAGGUUGCUGUCUAA